AUGGACGAGGGGAGGAAGAAGCUUCGCAAGGUUAAGGAGGUGAGGGAAGUCGUGGAGAGUUGGACUGUGGGCCUUGGCGCAUGCUUCAGUCACAAUUAUCACAAGUCUGAAAAUCCAACGCCCUCCACAUCGCGACCACGCGCCAAACCACUACGAACAUACGGCAAACGAAGCACAAGAGACGAUUCCCCACGCGAAACGAGUCUGAAGAAGCGACGCAUCUCAACAGCAACAACUCCUGCCGAAACAUCAGCAUCCAAAGAUACAGAUAAAGAAGCGCAAUCUUUACCAACGAUAGCCCCAGAGGAAACCGAGAGCGCAGUCGAAUCUACGAGCAAACCUGCCAAGAAGGGAUCAAUUUUGAGCUUCUUCAAGCCCGUUCCCUCUUCAUCCACGGCCGCGUCAAGCCCAAAGAGCGACGAGCCACAACCCGAGUCGCCUCCAUCUUCUCCACCGGCAAGAAUAGAAAUACGAAAGAAACCCCGAUUAUUACGUUUUCGCGGUACUUCACUACCUCUACUCAAGGGCGAGAACACCGAAGAUGAUGAUCAGACGGGAGAAGCUAAAGAGGAGAGUACAACGCCAGCUUCAAGGGAGAGCUCGUUGAAUCGAGAGUCUAACAACGGCAACGAUGUGAAGGUAGGUAAAAAGGGAAAGGCGAAAUCAUCGGCUGUGCAAAUGACGCUUAAUCUUUCAUCUCAAGCAGCAUUUUCUGAGUGCAAGGUCUGCAAUACGGUUUGGAAUCCGCUGUGUCCUGAUGAUGUCAAGUUUCACAUAAAGCAGCAUGCGGCGAUUUUGCGGGCGAAGAGGAAAGAAAAGGAGAAUGAAUUAUAA